CUCAAUUGUUGUUUUGACAGUUUUCUCAGCAUGCCCGAUCUGCUCGAACUGCUUCGGUCCAUUCGCGGUCUCAUUUGCUUCUGCAACACUUCAAGACGCCCGUUGAAAGUUCAUGGAGGCAGGCACGUAUCGAAUAUCCCUCAAUGGCCACACCCAAGGAAACUGCCGAUCACGCCUCCCUCGGCCACGAAGGUCGACGCCGACAUUAGGUUCGUUAAGCAGCAAGGCUGGUUCUUCACGGAGAUUCCCCUCGAAAUUAGGCGGCGAAUAUAUGAUUUUGCUUUAGGCGAAGAAGUAAUUCUUUUGAGUAUUCCAGACCAAGAUCUGCAGGUCCAGAGAUGCUUGGAGCCGGAUAGAUCCAUGUGCCUGAAAGAGUUGGGGGAAGAAACGACCCAAAAAGGAGAAGGGAGUGCAGACAGCAAGCUUCGUAUUUCAGUGGCGUUACUGUGUUCGUGCAGACAGGUAUAUUGCGAGGCUAUCGAAUCACUCUACGCCAGCAACACGUUUCUGAUAUCCGACGUAGACGUGCUACGCUUCAGCAUUCCGAAGGCUUUGCUCUACCUCCCCAAUUUCGUCUUCCCACACCGGCUCCGCCAAAUACGUUCUCUCUGCAUCCACUGGUGCAUUUACCCCGCCUAUAAGCUGGGCAGAAACUAUUUAAGCAUGGACCAUAGACGUAUUCUCCAAGUAUCUACAACGUGGAAAGACUGCUGGAAGGUCCUUUCGUACAUGGAAGGGUUGCAUGAGCUGUAUAUCAGCUUUGCGUGCUCGGAGGAUGAGAAGGUCAGAUGGCUGGCUAUGGAAGCACGGCUCUUGGACGGCGUUAAGGAGGUUACGGUAAAGAAGAGUUUUGUUAUUGUGCUGCCUUUUGAGGAGAGUAAUCUGGGUCUGGACGUCGGCCAGUCGAGGUGCGAGCUACGAGUGCCCUAUGGCUCGAGUGGCUUUCUCAGUUAUCAGCAGGCUAGCUGA